AUGACACAGUUGAUUAUUUAUUUUGUCGUGUCGACAUUAUUGACCCUGGACUCUUUAUGUCAAAAUGUAAAGGAAAAAAAUAAAGAAAUCAAUGGAAAGUGUUUUCAUCAUCACAUAACAGCACUAAUUCCAGCCAGAUCAGGAAGUAAAGGAAUCAAGGACAAAAAUUUAUCUAUUUUAGGUGAUGAAUCUUUACUCGAAAGAAUUCAUUGGAGAGAUCCAAGGACAGCAACUGAUAAUGCACCAACGAUAUCCGCCGUUGAAGAUUUUCUUAAACAACAUAACGAAAGUGAAAUAAUUGCUGUGAUUCAAUGCACAUCUCCAUUUAUAAAAAGUAAUUUUCUUCGUGAUGCUCUUGAUUAUAUAAUUAAAUUUGAUUUUGAUUGCGUAUUUUCCGUAACAAGAAGUCAUCAAUUGAGAUGGACGACGAAUGAAGAUGGAUUUGGAUCUCCUUUAAAUUUUGAUCCGAAAAAUAGACCUCGACGUCAAGAUUGGAAAGGAGAAUUUGUUGAAAAUGGAAUUCACCUUUUACCGACUCCUUUCACUUUAAUAAAAAAAAAUGCAGCGGAAAUUAAAAUCGAUCAAUACUCAACUAGUCAAAAUACUGCGCACAAAAAAAAAAGCUAUAACGUCGGUUUCGGUAGUUAUAAAAAAGGUUAUAAUGAAAAAAAUUUUUUUUUUGGAGUUUUAUCGGUAGCAGAAGAAAUUAUUUUUUUAGAUAAAUAUGUCAUUACCAAUUCAUAA